AUGGCCGAAAAGGGGGAGGAGAAAAGCAAGGACGAUGACUCGGUGGGCGAUCAGCCAAUGGAAGAAAUAAAAGCGGACGACGGUAAAGAAGAAGAUUUAGUGUCGUCCCCCGCUACUAACUUGAAUGAAGAAGGGGGCAGCAGCGCUACGCAGGGUUAUGUAGACCCCAAAAUGUACAACAAGUUCAAAAACGACGGAUCGUUCUUGGCUCAGGUGCUAGCACUGCAGAAGAAAAAAAAAGUGAGGAAGCUAAAGGAAGCGGAGGGAACAGACGGGAAAAAGAAGAAGAAGUCCAGGAAGACGUCCUCCCAGCAGGGGGAUGACGAUGAGGAUGCAGAAGGAGAGCACGGAAAAAAGGAAAAGGACGCCGAAGCAAAUGAGGAGGAUGAGGAAGACGAACGAGAAGUAGCCAUAAAAAAUGAAUACAUCGAAAAGAUUAACAAAAUGAAAGAGGAGGGUUUUUUCACGGACAAGGGGAUCGGAGCUGGGAUGGUUAAGUGA